CGAUCCAUGACUAGCACAUUGUAUAGCGCAUGAUUGUAAAAUCUAAAAAUAUAUAAUAAAUAAUUUGAAACUCUCGAGUGUAUUACAGCCUUUAUAUACAUGUAUAGACUAGUGACCUAUUAGAGGGUCACUAGUAUAGACUAUAGGUGAAUAAACAGCCGACCGACAUCGCAUUCCUUUGCGAUCAUUUAUACGGGAUUGUUCGUCUUUCUCUCUCUCUCUCUCUCACACACACACACAUACGCGCGCUUUUACUUAAUUUUUUUAUCUAUCUCUUUCGAAAUGCGGAAAUGAAUCGAUUUAAAAAUGCAUAAAAGAGCUGACCAAUCGUGCGUCUAAACCAGUCUAAACGCAGAAAUCACGGUCGCGACAUGUUCUGAACAUUAGAAUGCGCGAUUGGUUCGUUUCGUGGCUCGUGGCGUGUCCGCGUGUGUCUACUUUACGCGAGUACGUUCGGUAUUAUAUACAUAUACAGUAGUGUCUCGGUAUGUGUCAAGUUAAUCGUGUGAGUUCCGCCGUUAUUUUUUAAACACAGUUAUUGAGCAAAUAAUACUGACGAUUAUACUCGAUAAAAACUAACACGAAUAGCCUCUCUUUCUUUAUCGACUUCUUGAAUAUGUGCUCGGUCAUCGGUAGCGAUAUUUAAGGAAUGAUGAUUGCGAAAUCGUCGCGCUCGAAGAAAAACAGGUGACGAGAGCAACGUUCUCUCUCUCUCGAAGACGAAUUCACAGCGAUUACAAGUUUCAAUUCACAUAAGCUUCAAAAAUUACGUAAAAUAUCGUUACUGACGAAACACUUCGGAUCCGUGGGUUUUUCAAGAAUUUCAAGUAAACGUCAGUUGUCGACAUGGAUGCCAAGGAGAAAAAGAACUCGGUCGAGAGUGCUACGAAUGGAUACAAGAAAGAAGAUGUCAAAGAAAUACAGAUACCUAUGCCAUGGGGACAUAUUAGAGGCAAAUGGUGGGGCCCUAGUGAGCUCCAACCAAUAGUGGCACUACAUGGUCGCCAAGAUAAUUCAGGCACUUUUGAUACAUUAAUGCCAUUGUUGUCGAAUGACGUUUCUAUUCUUUGCUUGGAUAUGCCGGGGCAUGGUUUAUCUUCACAUUACCCAAACAGUCAAUUCUAUUAUGUAUAUUGGGAUGGUGUCAUGUUCCUUCGUAGAAUUAUUAAACAUUUCAAUUGGAACAAGGUCAAACUUCUUGGACACUCAUUGGGUGGUGCUAUAUCAUUUCUAUAUGCAGCAUCAUAUCCAGAUGAAGUCGAUUUUCUUAUAAGUUUGGAUAUUGCUAGUCCGAGUGUAAGAGAUGUCAAGAAAACAGCUGCAACCACUGGAGAAUAUAUUGACAGAUUUUUGAAAUAUGAAUUGUUAACAUUGGACAAUAUACCAUCUUAUGAAUAUGACGAAAUGCUCGAUAUAGUAGAAAAAGCAUAUGAUGGUUCUAUAACAAGGGAUGGAGCAGAAAUAUUAAUGAAACGUGGUAUGCAGCCAGCACAUAAAAAGGACAAAUAUUAUUUUUCUCGUGAUCCAAGAUUGAAGGUUUCCCUUUUAGGUCUAUUAUCUCUAGAUUUAAUACUUGAAUAUGCAUCUCAGAUAAAAUGUGCUUACCUCAAUAUACGUGCUAUUCCUGGAAUGAAAUUUGAAAAUCCUGAAAAUUAUCAAAAAAUAUUAGACAUCAUAAAAGUAGGAACUAGGAAAUUUGAGUAUCAUGAGGUGACGGGUACACAUCACGUACAUUUGAAUGAGCCUGAAAAAAUUGCGCCUAUAAUCAAGAACUUUUUACAGAUUUAAUAAUAAUAUUAUUUAGUUAUAUACAUGUAGUAAUAAAUUUUCAGUUACUUAAAAUAAUUUUGUGAAAAGUGGGUAUCUAAAAUUCUUUAUCUAAAAUGUACAGAUUAACAGAAAUAUAUAUAUUGUAUUUAUGUGCAAC